UUCAGGCGGUGGAGGGGAUGCAGGCUUGCAAUGAUAACGGCCAUGGGUACUGGCCGUGAGUACUGGUGACGGUUCAACAAUGGCAGCGAGCGAGCGAUGACGUGGCAUCUGGGGGCAGAGGCUGACUUGGGGAGGUGGCAGCCAGCAGGAGUGAGAGAGAGAGUGGAGUGCAAAAUGAGGUUUUAGGCUUGAGGUUUGUUUGCGUGUUAACUUGAGUUGGUAUGGAUAAGCUACUGGAGUUUGGAAGGAAGGCUCUAUUCUGUGUGAGGGUCCUCUCUGGAUAUGAAGAACGGAGGAUAAGAUCUUUCAGACUGCAGCUCGAGAAGCGCCUUCAACAGGCUCGAGAAAGGAAGACAUCUUUAAGAAAGGCCCCUGAGCAAGUUAUUUUGUCUGAGGUUCGGCGAAUGGUUGACGAAAUGCAAUCUUUAAAUAAAAGGCUGGAAGAAACUGAGUCUGCUAUUGAAGAUUACUUCAAGCCAGUUGACAAGCAGGCUGAGGCAGUCAUGAAAAUGCAGCUCGAGGGUGAGGAGAGGACAAUGAAGGAGAUGGUAAAAACCAUGCAGAGACAAGCCUUGCUCGAGAGACAGGACUUGGACAAAUUGGCAAAUGCGAAAUGUGCUGACGUAGAUCAACAUAAGCAGAUUCCGAGGAAAAAAGAGGAAGCGGGAACAUGAUGGCUCGUGGCAAUCAUCGGCAAAGUGAGCACCAUUCGAAGAUUGAGACAAUUUUGUGGAGCCCAAGCAAUUGGUUUUAGGCUUUGAGCUAAGUUAUUAUAAAAAAUUGUUCGUGCUUCUGGCCAACACUAUGUAUUACUAUUAUUCAGCUUUCAUUGUAAUAAUAGUAUGAAGGGUGCAUCCUAAGUACAAAUUCCGGCAGCAGCUGCUGAAUUCAGGUUGUUAUUUCUUCAGAUAGUAUAGUUACUUGAUUUCCAA